CUUCUCCCCAGCUUCUGCGCCAAUGCGACAUAAACCUAUUCUAACUCGUUACACUCCUUUAUUUUAUCAGCCAGACCGUUUCCUUUCUUGCUAGGCCAUUGAUGGGGUUGCAAUGUCCGUAAUUCUUUGUACCGCUGGGUACGAUCACACGAUCAGGUUCUGGGAGGCACUUUCGGGAAUCUGUUCACGUACCAUCCAGCACCCAGAUUCUCAGGUCAACCGAUUGUGCAUCUCACCCGACAAGCGAUUCCUAGCUGCCGCCGGCCACCAUACUGUUAAGCUCUACGAUAUCAAGUCUACGAACCCGAAUCCGCUGCUUACGUUUGAGGGCCAUACCGGCAAUGUUACAGGCGUAGCAUUUCACUGCGAGGGAAAAUGGAUGGUCACGAGCUCUGAAGACGGAACGGUCAAGAUUUGGGAGACGCGCUCGGGCACCAUCCAGCGAAGCUACAGCCAUGGAUCUGCGGUCAACGAUGUUGUUAUCCAUCCAAAUCAGGGCGAGAUCAUAAGCUGUGAUCGCAGCGGCAGCGUCAGGGUCUGGGAUCUUGCUGAGAAUAAUUGUUCUCACCAGCUUAUUCCCGAGGAGGACGUCUCCGUCUCAAGUGUCACUGUCGCAAGCGAUGGAUCGCUACUCUGCGCUGCCAAUAAUGCGGGCAACGUCUUUGUUUGGCGAUUGAUCCAAGAUUAUGACCACACGAACCUCCUACCCGUAACCCACUUCUCGGCGCACAAAGAGUACAUAACACGCAUCCUGCUCUCCCCGGAUGUCAAGAAGCUCGCCACCUGCUCCGCCGACCACACCGCCAAGAUCUGGGAAGUAACCGCGUCGCCGCCCUCCUCCGACGAGUCCUCAUCCGCAUCCUUAUCUAACAUUCCCAUGCCGGGUUCUACCAUCGGUUCCUCCCCUCUCAACGGCAUCAACGGCCAGCUAAACGGCGACGGGAGCAACCCCAUAGUCGGAGGAAUGGGAAUAGGGAACAUGGGCAUGGGCAUGGGCGGCCCGGGCGCCGGCGAGGCGAAACCGUACCCCCUCGAAGCUACGCUGACGGGCCACCAGCGCUGGGUCUGGGACUGUGCGUUCAGCGCGGAUUCGGCGUACCUGGUGACGGCGUGCUCGGACCAUUACGCGAGAUUGUGGGAGCUGCAUAGCCAGCAGGUUAUUCGCCAGUAUAACGGCCAUCACCGCGGCGCGGUUUGCGUCGCUCUUAAUGAUUACUCCGAGGCGCGGUGAUCGGGUCGUUGGGUUAUGCUGUUUCUACAUAGGUACGCGGUUACGGUUGGAGACGGGGCUGAUCUGAAGUUUGACGGAGGGAGAAUGCGGAUGCGGGAAGAGUAUCAGCCUGGCUUGAGAGCUUACCUACCCUAGGUACCUAUGGAAGCUAUAUGCUAUGGAUUAUGAAUUUUUCUAUAUAGGGAUUAGGGCUGGGGAGUUAGAGGAGUAUUAGCCUCUUGCUUUAAUGAAGUUUUCCUGCAAUAUCGUUGGCUUUCUUCGUCUUUUAGAGGGUUCAGAAAGUCACAUCUAGGUACCUAUUCAUCUCGGUAGAUAGCUAUGUCUUACCGGUACCAGUUUUCACUGAAACAGUCGUAGCUACCUAUCUACCUAGAUACUAAGG